GUCUCUAGUAGUCAACACAACUGGGAUUUCUUCUGAGUUGUCAGUUCGCUGGUCACAUAAAGCGGAUCAAGUAGAAAACAGAAAUGCACUGUGUUUUUCUUUUAUAGUUCAGGAUUACUUUUGUGUGAUUUCAUCCAUUUAAUUAGAACACUAACACAAGUCAUCACUACGCCUCUCUGUGACACCAUUCCACAUUGGGAACCUCGCGGAGAACAAUCAUGGGACACCCUCAACACGUCUGGCGGCUGCACCGGCACUGGCUCAUGACGUCACAACGCUGUAUAUAGUUACGUCAUCUGAUCGUAUGGCAGCAUGGGCUCACGUCUAUUUAUACACUGAGUGUAUUCCCAAAACUGAGGAUUCCAUCCCAUCGAACAGACUUUCAAAAAAAAUAGUUCAAUUAUUUUGUAUUCGUUCGCCCUGCGCUGUUUGACACUAUGACGCCACAGUUUGAGAUAAAGCUAUAGAUGACGUCACAUCCGCUGUUCUGUCAGUGAGACACCCCCUGCCCCCACCCAGCGAUUUUUGACAACAGACUGGCCACCUAUCGGGCCCCAUGGCUUGCCACCCACACCAUGCACGUUUGGUGGCUCCUGUCACCCCUCUUCUUAGUGGUAUCGUCCUUCGCUGCAGGCGUCCAUAGCAACCAAUUUUCGGACUGCGAUAAGAAGGACCGUGGCGUGAACUCCUUCCUGUGGACCAUCCAGCGCACCCCGCCCGCCUACCUGUUCGGCACCAUCCACGUGCCCUACGACCGCGUGUGGGAGUGGAUCCCGGACAACAGCAAGCUGGCCUUCACGGACAGCGACAGCGCUGUCUUCGAGCUGGACCUGACCAACCCCUUCACGCUAACCGCUCUCGCAGAGUGCCAGAUGCUGCCUGAAGGUGAGAAUUUGUCCGACUUGCUGCCCAGCGAGUUGUACUCCCGGCUACAGCGCCAUCUUGAUUACGUCAGGACCAGCAUGCCCGAGUGGAUGAGCGAGGAGCAGAAGCGGAAGGGGCUGUUCGCAGACUAUCUCUUCAACGCCAUCGCCGGCAACUGGCGCCGUAAAAGACCGGUGUGGGUGAUGCUAAUGGUCAACUCGUUGACAGAAGCAGACGUGAAGUCACGUGGGAUACCCGUCCUUGACCUCUAUCUGGCCCAGCAGGCGGAGAGGGAAGGCAAGGUCACGGGAGCUGUGGAGAGGGUAGAGGAGCAAUGUGUGCCGCUAAACCAGCUCAAUCUUUCUCAGGUGCUCUUCGCCUUGAACCAAACCCUGUCUCAACACGAAAGCCUGCGUGACCGGGCCGGCCACCCCCCUUACAGCAGUAACGCCCUAGUCCAACACUACAACUGCGGCGACCUCAACUCGCUCAUGUUCAACAGGGACACAACCCAGGUCCCUGCUCUAGUCAACUCGUCACUCCCGCCCUCCGAGCUGGAAAAGGCCCGCCUGAUCGAGCAAUACUUCCAGCACGAGCUCAUCGACAAGAGAAACGCCAGGAUGGCCGAGAGAGUUGCCUACCUCCUCCACCAACACCCUCACACAAGCUUCUUCUUCGCUUUUGGCGCAGGUCAUUUUCUGGGGAACGAGACCGUGAUUGACAGAUUACGUCACGCCGGGUUAAAGGUCGAGCACACGAAACCUGAGGAUAACUUGACCAGGUCUGACGGCUCCAGGACCAGAGCGCCCAGAAAAUCCCGGAAGUUUGUUCUGUCAGACGACUUCCCCCAGCCCUCUGACGUCAUUUAUGGCGAUAUCCAGUACCUGUUUGCUAAAAGGAUGAGACACAGUAAAAGAUUUAAGAAAGAGAAACAGAAGAUGUUGAGGGCGAAGAAAAGACAGGAGCAGUUGGAUUCAUUGUGGGAGAGCCUUGAUCCAAGCAGCUUCAACCAAGACAAAAGUGAUAAAAAUGGGAAGAAGAAAAAAAAUGCCAAAGAAAACACGUUCAACGACCUGUGGGUGAGAAUGGACCAGAUCAGACCUCAUUAUUUAGAACAAAUGGGAGAAUCGUCUUUCAUUGAAGGGGAGUCAACCGAAGAAACUAUUCAAGGAUCAAUAUCAGCAGUAUCAAGCUUACGUCCCUUGAAUACAAAGACAAUCGUUCUACUGUGUUGUGCAAUACUGGCAUCUAUUAAGUCUUCAUCUAUAUAACUAGUUUGACCAAAAAAAGGUUUUUUCUUACAUAAAAUUGAUUUCUUGAAAGAUUUUGUUUGA